UGUAGUUUGUAUAUAUCCAUCAGUCAAUGAUCCUUUCAGUUUAUUAAAGAAAAGUUGCAAGAAGUUAAAGCAGUUUAAUAUGUGUGCAUUAGCCCCAUUCCCAACACCUAACUGGCCUUUGCUUAAUCCCAUUGGCCAUCAACUUAACUAUAUCUAUGAAAACAAUGAAACCCUAGACUCGGUCCCUCAAGCCAGCUUCGAUCCCUGCGUGGUUAAGAAGCUUAACCACAAUGCUGGCGAGCGCCACCGGCGGAAGGAGGUUAACAGCUUGUUUUCAUCUCUUCGAUCAUUGCUUCCACUUGCAGAUCAAAUGAAAAAGGUGAGCAUUCCAGCGACGGUUUCAGAAGCAGUGAAAUAUAUACCAGAGUUGCAGGAACAAGUGGAGAGAUUGGUUCAUAAAAAAGAAGAGCUUUUGUUGAGGAUUUUUCAGCAGGGUGGUAUUAAACGUUGUAGGGAUGGAAGAUGUUCAAGCAGUGCUACGGUUUCUAUAAAUCGGCUAAGUAGUGAUAGUGAAGUUGUGAUUCAGAUAACGUUGCGAAAGGACCGAGUUCAGAAGAUUCAGUUAUCUGAGUUUUUGCAUAUCUUGGAGGAGCAACAAGGAUUAAUCCUUUUGAAUGCUACUUCUUUUGAGUCAUUUGGAGCUGGCAUGAUCUUCUACAAUAUUCACCUUCAGGUGGAACCCAAAACAACUUACCAAUUAAGGGAAUCAGAUAUUGAGGCAUUGAGGGGGAAGCUUUUGGCACUGUGUAAUUAAUCUUGGCUAUAUAUCCCUAACUAAAUGUGAACUACAACUUUUAUAUAAUUAAUGGCAUCAUGUUGUCUCUUAAUUUGAUUCUUAUCCUCGUAAUUCUUAUUCACAA